AUGGACACUCUAUCUGCAGUGUCACCUUUUAUUCAAACAAGAUUACGUGGUAAAAAGGUACUCGUCGUUUUAGAUGACUUGGAUAGUUCAAUAUUCCAAUUCAAAACUUUAGUUGAAGGGUAUGAUGAUUUUGCCCCGAGAAGUAGAAUUAUUUUCACAACUAGAGAUAUCCAAGUGCUUAAGAUAGUAGCUGAUAAAAUUUACAAGGUUGAGGGGCUAAAUUACUUUGAAUCUCUUGAGCUAUUCUGUUGGCAUGCUUUUAAAAAGUAUUCUCGUCCAACAGACUAUGCAAUGCCUUUAGACAGGGCAAUAGGUUAUGCAAAUGGAAAUCCAUUAGCUCUUCAAGCCUUGGGUUCUUCCCUGCACUCCAGAAGCAAACAAGAAUGGGAAAAUACAUUGGACAGGCUGGAGAUAUAUCCAAAUCCGGAUAUUCAAAGAGUAUUGAGAGUCAGUUACGAAAGACUAGAAGAUGAAGGGAUUCAAAAAAUGUUUCUUGACAUUGCAUGUUUCUUUCGGUCAUAUUAUUCUGUAGACCAUCUAGAAAGCAAAUUGGAAAGCAGUGGUCAUUCCUUUGUGAAAAUAGGAAUGAGUGAUCUCAUUAACAAAUCUUUACUAAGUGAAAGUAGUACAAAAUGCUAA